AUGAACUCCUUGAUAGAGUUAGAUCUUUACUGGUGUCGUAAACUUUCAGUGCUUCCAGAGUUCGGGGAAUGCAUGAAAAAACUGUCAGUGCUUGAUGCCAGGAAGACUUCUAUAACCAGACUUCCAGAAUCAUUUAGAUUCUUGACUGGUCUUGGAGAUUUGAAUUUGAGGGGCUGCAGAUAUCUUGUUCUUCAAAUGUCUGGCUUUAAUCUAACAUCAUUAACUGGGUUAGACUUGAGCCACUGUGGCAUUAAUGAGGGAUCAAUUCCUGAAGAUUUAGGUGGUUUGUCAUCAUUAAUCACUCUACGUCUGGAAGGAAAUGGUUUUGCCAAUUUACCCACUGGUUGCUUCUCUAAUCUUUUUCAACUACUUCACCUUUAUUUGAAUAACUGCAAAAGGCUCAAGUCUCUACCAAAGCUGCCACCAAGGUUAAUGCACUUAUAUGCAACCGGUUGUGCGUCAAUGGAACCUCUAUCAUAUGAUGCAAUGUGGAAUCUAGUUUCAUCACUUGAUCAUGAGUAUCGCCUUCAAACUAACUAUGAGAAGAGAGUGGUUCAGCCCAUUCAGUCAGCAUACGUACCUGAGGUAGAUUUUCUCGCAACAAUUCCGAGAUUUGAAAUACCAUCAUGGUUUCCAAACCAAGUUCCUAUUUCUACGUCUGAGGGCGCUGCGGAAUAUGUAUUCGUGGUGGACAUACCUCCCAAUUUUCGUGCAAGUAAAUGGUCUGGACUUGCUGUGUGCUUGGAAAUAAGAGCCAUUGGGAUGACCUUUGAUAAACUUGUCAUUUCUUGGAGUUGUAGAGCUCCUCAAGAUUAUUAUAUUUGCAAAGAGUGGGCAAAUGAUAUUUCACUUGACUUUGCAUGGCGGCCUCGUCUCUUCAUAAUGCUUUUGGAUUUCAAUGAUAAAACAUGUUGA